CGUGCCCCGCCCCUUCAGCUGGGGGAACACAAGGGAGACUCAGCGCUCUGCAGACACAAGAGCCACUUCCAUCCCAACUGCCGCCUGUCCGGGGCUCGUGUCCUGCACUAAGUUCCCGGGGAACGAGUUUAAUAACCCGGACCUCUUGCUCUGAAAGCGACCCUCAGUACAUUUUUUUUUUGAUUGGCACUGAAUGAGUUAAUACCCCCCCCCCAGUUUGGGAGAGUGCAAUAGACUGAUACCAUGACAGGCGUGACUUGCUCCAGAGAGGAUCAUGGAGUUAUAAAGAGCCACGCAGGGCACAGGAAAGCGCAUGGCACUGGAGCGGGCAGCCCUCCUGCACGGCACAGACCUGAUGGGUCACACCUCUCAGAUACAGGGGCGACACACGGAGCCGUGAAGAAGCACCAUCACAAGCACAGCAUCAAGCACAGAUAUGAGCUGCUGGAGACCUUGGGUCGGGGGACAUACGGCAAAGUGAAGCGAGCCACGGAGAAGGCUACUGGAAAAAUGGUGGCUGUUAAGUCAAUUCAGAAAGAUACGAUCAAGGAUGAGUUGGACAAAGUGCACCUUCAGCGAGAGAUUGAGAUAACGGCGCUGCUGGAACAUGAACACAUUAUACAGGUCUUUGAAGUGUUCGAGAGCAGGGAUAAGAUCAUCAUCGUCAUGGAGUACGCCAGCAAUGGGGAGCUCUAUGACUUCAUCAAUAAUAAGAAUCAGAUUUCAGAAAAUGACGCUCGGAGAUUCUUCCGACAGAUUGUGUCCGCCGUGCACUACUGCCACAAGAAAGGUAUUGUACACCGGGAUAUUAAACUGGAGAACAUUCUUUUGGAUGAAAACUUGAAUGUAAAGCUUGCAGAUUUUGGGCUUUCGAAUCAUUUCCAAAAGAAUCAAGUGUUGGAAACGUACUGUGGCAGCCCACUGUAUGCAUCACCAGAGAUUGUUAAAGGAUUGCCCUACCAAGGACCAGAGGUUGAUUGCUGGGCCCUAGGUGUACUACUUUAUGCACUGGUGUAUGGAGUCAUGCCAUUUGAAAACAAUAACUACAAGUCCCUUGCUGAACAGAUUAGCCAUGGCCAGUACAGGGAGCCUCCUCAUCUCUCAGGUGCAUUUGGACUGGUUGACUGGAUGCUCACAGUGAAUACUACAAGCAGAGCCACCAUAGAAGAUAUUGCCAACCACUGGUGGGUUAACUGGGGAUAUGACACUGUGGUGUGUGACUGUGAAUUGGUACCGGAAUGUCAGUCCCCUCUGUUAGCCCGGUAUAUAGAGUGUCAGAACACACCAGGUUUCCAAAUAACAAAGAUGGAUCAUCGUCAAGAGGAACUAAGGAAAGAAGAGGAGUAUGAAGUUUGCCUUAGGAAAUCCAAGAAGGAAAACGAUAUUUAUCAGUCCCAGCAAGAGAUGGAGUUAAACAGUACAAUCCAAAUACCCAAAGGAAUCCUUAAGAAAAGAAGCAGUUUUGACAGCGCGUUUUUGACUUCUUCAGAUCUGUCAGAAGAGCGGCCAGAGCUAAACAAAGACUCACAGAGCUCAUCCUUGCACAGUGCAGUCAGUCCUAUAAAUACUGAUGGUAUUUUUAAGAUGCCAAAGAAAGGAAUACUCAAAAAAACAUCAUACGAACGGGAAUCUGGUUACUCAUCUUCCCCAGAAAGGAUCAUGUCAACAGAAUGUCCAAAAACAUAUCUCCAAGUUCCACAAGAUAAAAGAAGAUCAGAGAAUGAGUGUAGGAGAAAAAAGGGUAUUCUAAAAACAACUGGACGGUUUUCAGGCCCUUUGGACACCCCAGGUGAUGGUUCGGUGAAUAGCCUUUCUGGUUCCUUGGAAGACUUGUUCCUUUCUCCUGGAGGACCUGCAAAAGACCCAAGUCGGCCAUCGAGUGUCAUUAGUGAUGACAGCUUUCUUUCUAGUGAUUCAUUUGAUCUGGUUGAUGUGACUUCUGAGAAAAAGAGCCCAUUGUUUUCUUACAGUCCCCAAAACAACUUGUCCAGUUCUGAAGAAGAAGAUGGCUUGUCAAGAAAGCUUACUGGGGUUCAUUAAUUUAAAAAAAUUUUUUUUUAUAUAUAUAUAAUCUAUAUAAGUGCCUUAUGGAAAUCUUGUGUAGAUAUUUGGUGGACACUGACUUUAACUGCAAUAAUGUAUAACAAUGAAGAGUCCUUCAUUGAGUCAUAGCUUAUGAUUCAUUCAUAUUUAGGUCACUGGUGAGGAACCUGAAUCUUUUUAGGCACAAUUCCAGAAUUUAAGCAUGCAGGCAUAAUUUCACAGUUGAAAGGAUGAUAGUAGUUGUUGGUAGUCCCAUACCUACCUUGGGUGUACAGGGAUUUCUUCACUUUGUUUGUGCCAGACCUUUUCAUUGAAAUGCUCUUCAACCAUCAGUCGAAAUUCCCCAACACAUAGCAGAGCAUCAUCUCUGAUGUAGAUUUUUCCGCCAGUUAGUUACCCAUACCCUCUGCCCUAUAAGCUUUCUUUUAUUUAUUUUUAAACUAUCUCUGCUUUAUGAAUGCACUCUAGGUGCAAAAUUUCUCAGAAUUCCAGACUUAUUUUGGGCUCCCAUACAAUAAUUGGUGUCAACAUGAUUUGCUCUCUUGGUAUAUCACGUCAGUGCAGUUAUUUUUGGAGCAAUGAUGCUUGCUUUCACGCAAUUCAUUGAAAUUAAUUGCGUGUAGGUUGAGUACCCAAAAUGAGCCCUGGAAGAAAAGAAAUGGUAGUAUAGGUGGAAAUUAAUUAGAUUCUUUGUAAUAUUUUAAAGCUGUCCAUCCCCAUUAACCUCAGUUGUGAUCUAUGGGACUGAUUUACUCAACCGUGUCCUUUUCAGUUCGGGCUUUUUGUCGCCAAAAAACCCGAAAAAGUUGCAGAAAAAAAGUGCAGCUUUUCUGGGUAUUAUGCAACAAAACUGUGACAAUUCUGAAUCUGAAAAGACUCCAGCUAAAACCUGUCAAAAUCAUGUAGACGUCAAUGGCAGAUGGUCCCUUUUACAACUGGAUCUUGUUUUUGCUUUGUGGUUUUUGAGGUUUUGGGGUGUUUUUCAUGGUGGCUUUUGUGUGAUAAUACGAAAAAGUCGUAGCAGUGGCGUUACUAGAGAGCGCCUGGUCCCCCUGAAAAAAAUCUUGGUCCGGGGCACUACAAUCCCCAUCCUCCCACCCACAUCCUGCAUCUGCCCUGCCCAGACUCCGCCCAGUCCCGCCCGACUUGCGUCCCCCUUCCCCACCGCAGGUAAGAGAACUGGGUUUUUUUAUUCGCUAUAGAGGAAGCAGAACAAGUUUUCUGCAACUUUUUUCCCCGUUCGUGCUUUUUCAGUUCGGAUCUUUUGAUAAAUGAGAUGAGUUUAAAUAAGGUUUCAAAAAACCUCUAAAGCCGCUAAAAUUUGACCUUCAAUAAAUGAGCCUCCAUUGAAACCAUUUUCAAUACAUUUCCCCUUUUCAUGAUGAAAUGUAAAAUGUACCAUAAGAUUGUGAUAUGGGUACAAAUUGCUAAAAUACCAGAAGCAAGAGAAAAAAAAAAUCCCCGCUGUGAAGGAAAUACCAGAGA